GAAAUUGAGUUUUAGCUAUGAUCCUUCAAGUCUUUAACUUGGUUGAUAAGUGAUGUUUAUAACCAAUGUAAAUUUAAAUAUUUUUUUUUUCAUUUAAGAUGGGAAGAAUUUAUACUUAAAUCACAAUUAAAUAUUUUUGCAUGUGGUCUUCAUUUCCUACCCAUAGUUAUAAAGCUCUUCCUUAUUGACAGGGAACACCCAUGACAUGUCUAUAUAUAACCUUAAAAUCAUCUUGAGGCCAUGUCUUGAGUAUGUGUAUAAACUUUACAAAGGGUAAAAUUCCACAUGCGCAUCAGCGACUUUUAUUAUUUUAAUAGUGGUGACUAGUUUCAGUUGCUUUUAAGAGUCAUAUAGUUAAGAAAUACUGGCAUUUCUCAGGAUUCUAAAAUAAUAACAUUCAUUUUACUGGUUAUGAAAAUUGUCUGCACUGCUAGGAAUGAGAAGAAAAGAACAUUUCAACAGGGUUUGACUAUCAGCAAAUCUAUUUGGGUUUCCUGUUCUGGCCUCCCUACCUAUCAGCUACAUUAGUCCCCCUGCCGGCAGGUUUCUUUCUUUCUUUUACCACAGGAAAACUGUACAGCCUCUUUUUCUAGCAUUUUCAGGACCCGCCUGACAGGAAAUUUUCUAAUUGCCGGAACAGCUGGUAGGAGAAAACUUUGCAGGGGCUUGGCCUUCCCUUUCUAACUUAAGUUUUACCGUCAGAAAUUCCUUUAUCACCAACAUGGUUUCGUAGCCAUGUUCAAAUUUUUGUCUUUUCGUGUUCGUUCUAUACAGGAAGAAGGCAGCAUCAAGGAAAUUGCCAUCACACAUCAUGUAAAGGAAGGACAUGAAAAAGCAGAUCCUUCCCAGUUUGAACUUUUAAAAGUAUUAGGGCAGGGAUCAUUUGGAAAGGUUUUCUUAGUUAAAAAAAUCUCAGGCUCUGAUGCUAGACAGCUUUAUGCCAUGAAGGUAUUAAAGAAGGCCACACUGAAAGUUCGAGACCGUGUUCGGACAAAAAUGGAACGUGAUAUCUUGGUAGAAGUUAAUCAUCCUUUUAUUGUCAAGUUGCAUUAUGCUUUUCAAACUGAAGGGAAGUUAUACCUUAUUUUGGAUUUUCUCAGGGGAGGAGAUUUGUUUACACGCUUAUCCAAAGAGGUGAUGUUCACAGAAGAAGAUGUCAAAUUCUACUUGGCUGAACUUGCACUUGCUUUAGAUCAUCUACAUAGCCUGGGAAUAAUCUAUAGAGACCUAAAACCAGAAAAUAUACUUCUUGAUGAAGAAGGCCACAUCAAGUUAACAGAUUUUGGCCUAAGUAAAGAGUCUAUUGACCAUGAAAAGAAGGCAUAUUCUUUUUGUGGAACUGUGGAAUAUAUGGCUCCAGAAGUAGUUAAUCGUAGAGGUCAUACUCAAAGCGCCGACUGGUGGUCUUUUGGUGUGUUAAUGUUUGAAAUGCUCACUGGCACACUACCUUUCCAAGGAAAAGAUCGAAAAGAAACAAUGACAAUGAUCCUUAAAGCCAAACUUGGGAUGCCACAGUUUUUGAGUCCUGAAGCUCAGAGUCUUUUACGAAUGCUUUUCAAACGAAAUCCUGCAAACAGAUUAGGAGCAGGACCAGAUGGAGUUGAAGAAAUUAAAAGGCAUUCAUUUUUCUCAACAAUAGACUGGAAUAAACUGUAUAGAAGAGAAAUUCACCCACCUUUUAAGCCUGCAACUGGCAGACCUGAAGAUACAUUUUAUUUUGAUCCUGAGUUUACUGCAAAAACUCCCAAAGAUUCACCUGGCAUUCCACCUAGUGCUAAUGCACAUCAGCUUUUUCGGGGGUUUAGUUUUGUUGCUAUUACCUCAGAUGAUGAAAGCCAAGCUAUGCAAACAGUUGGUGUACAUUCAAUUGUUCAGCAGUUGCACAGGAACAGUAUUCAGUUUACUGAUGGAUAUGAAGUAAAAGAAGAUAUUGGAGUUGGCUCAUACUCUGUUUGCAAGAGAUGUAUACAUAAAGCCACAAAUAUGGAGUUUGCAGUGAAGAUUAUUGAUAAAAGCAAGAGAGACCCAACAGAAGAAAUUGAGAUCCUUCUUCGUUAUGGACAGCAUCCAAAUAUCAUUACUCUAAAGGAUGUGUAUGAUGAUGGGAAAUACGUGUAUGUAGUAACAGAACUUAUGAAAGGAGGUGAAUUGCUGGAUAAAAUUCUUAGACAGAAAUUUUUCUCUGAACGAGAGGCCAGUGCCGUCCUGUUUACUAUAACCAAAACUGUUGAAUAUCUUCAUGCACAAGGGGUGGUUCACAGGGACUUGAAACCUAGCAACAUUCUUUAUGUGGAUGAGUCUGGUAAUCCAGAAUCUAUUCGAAUUUGUGAUUUUGGCUUUGCAAAACAGCUGAGAGCGGAAAAUGGUCUUCUCAUGACUCCUUGUUAUACUGCAAACUUUGUUGCACCAGAGGUUUUAAAACGACAAGGCUAUGAUGCUGCUUGUGAUAUAUGGAGUCUUGGUGUCCUCCUCUAUACAAUGCUUACUGGUUACACUCCAUUUGCAAAUGGUCCUGAUGAUACACCAGAGGAAAUAUUGGCACGAAUAGGUAGUGGAAAAUUCUCACUGAGCGGCGGUUACUGGAAUUCUGUUUCAGAUACAGCAAAGGACCUGGUGUCAAAGAUGCUUCAUGUAGACCCUCAUCAGAGAUUGACUGCUGCUCUUGUGCUCAGACAUCCUUGGAUUGUCCAUUGGGAUCAACUGCCACAAUACCAACUAAACAGGCAGGACGCACCACAUCUAGUAAAGGGUGCCAUGGCAGCUACAUAUUCUGCUUUAAACCGUAAUCAGUCACCAGUUUUGGAACCAGUAGGCCGCUCUACUCUUGCUCAGCGGAGAGGUAUUAAAAAAAUCACCUCAACAGCCCUGUGAAGUGACCUCAGUGAGAUAUUUGGUACCAUGAUGUAAGCUGAUAGCACAAGUUCUGGCGACAGGUAGCACAUAUCUGAGAGACACCUGCAAGCACACACUGUCCCAGCUGGUACCCAUAAUGCUGCUGCUCCUGCUGCUGCUCCUGCUUUCGUCUCUUCUCGCUUUAAAUGAUUGUUAGCAAGUUAGAUUUUCCUGGAGCUUCGGAUGAAAUGAAAAUGAAAACAUGAUGAAGAUAUAUUCACUGAAUCAACAAGAAAAAUAAUGAACAUAUGAAUACCACCUAAAAUACACUGAAUAAAGUACUCUACACCAUAUAGCAUUAUUUUUAUAGGAAAUAUUUCAUGUCCCUUAAAUAUUCUUUGUUAGUUAUAGGGAUGGACAGUUUAUGUUAAGCACUUAGCUUAAACAAUCCGUUUAUAUUAGCACUGUAUCCCUUGUGCCAUCCAACAUUUUGUAUGUUUUUGUAAACAGUUCAUAUACAGUACAUUUCUGUACUACUUUCUUUAAUGUAUACAUGCCUUGUUUAACUUGGAAUCUAUUAUUAAUCAAUUGACUAUUAAAUCUGAUUAAAUAGUUCACCUGGAUUAACAGUAUUGUUGGACAGCCCUAAAAAUAGCCACAUGUGGAACAGCUGUUGAAUGUAAUACUUUCAAAAUGUACAUAUCUUUUCCCCAUGUCUGUUUCACUGGUUCAUUUGUUUGUUUCUUAAAGUCAGGUGCUCUGUUAGACUAACCUAGAGAGCUGUUAUGGUACAGAAAGUUAUCGUGUGGGGGGCAUGAAAUCAAGUACACCUAAGAAGUUAGUCCAUAUACUUUGCAACUCCUUAGGAUUCUUUUUUCUUCAACUAAGGAAGUAAUCCUUGCAUUUUCACUCUUACAUAGUAUACAUACUUAGUAUUUGACAUAUUACUUGGGAUCUUGCCAAUAUACAUCAAAGGCCUUCAAGAGUCAUGGUAAAAAGUUUGGUGAAGGAAAAUAUAGCAACCCGUAAUUGAAGUCCUAUUGGGUAUUUCAUGUUUAAAUAAAUACUCUAUAUUAAACACUAAUUUGAAUGUAGUAAAGGCCACAGGCCUCUAUAUGAAAUUGGACUUAAAACUUUGUUAUUUUAGGGAAUAAAACAUUCUUGAUCAAACAUUAUCUGUUCUAACCUGAAAUCAUGGCUAAGUUAACCCAAGUGAAUAUUAAUUGUUUUCUGAAUCUCUCCUGAUGAUUUAGACCUAUAUAAUUCUUCCUUUGAUUUCAGAAAUGACCGACUUUCAUGAUGGCUCCUGGGUCCACUUAGAUUGAAGUGUUCAUUAUCUACAUCUAAUUUGCUAGUUUCGUGAAUUUUUUUUGAUGAAAGAAACUUCUGUACCCAUCAUUACCUAUAUCUUUGCCAAACUACCUAGCAUACAUCAAUAUGUAAUGUAAAAAACAUAAGAGCAAGGAAAAAGUGAUUUAACGUACCUCAUCAGGAAUGUGCCCAAACAGAUCUAAGUCAUGUACUCAGAAAUCUAAGUCAUUUACAUCAGAAAUCUUCCCAUAAGAAUGUUCAGCCAAGAGAGUGUGCUUUAUCUAAAUGUUUUGAAAGCCACUUUUAAUUCCUUAAUUUCUCCUAUAUGCAAUUAAAGACAAAGAGGAAAUUUAUAAAAUUCCUUUUUGCACAACAACAUAAAACCCAACCAAACAACAUAAAAUGAUAGUUGCAUAGAAACCAAAUGUACGUUUACCUUCUAAAUGAAAAAUAUAAAAGAGGAAGGGUAUCAGAAGAUCUAGAUAAAAAAAUUUUUAAGCUCUUGAGUGUACGGAUGCUAACUAUUAAAAGCUGCUUUCUGUUGCUUGGAAAGAAAGCUGUUUUUUUUUUUCCUUUUCUGUUCAGUUUUUCAAGCCAUGGUCAACCCAAAUUCUUGUCACUUUUUAACUGUUAAUAUAAUUCUGAGCAAAAAAUAUUUUCGGAUUUUUGCCAGUGAUGUUACUCCCUAAUUGUUUAGAGAUAUUGUCCACCAUCAUCUUUUAGAACUAGAAGUAAAUAUAUAAAUCCUUAUAAGUUACCUGGUUAGAUUUUAUCAUAUUGCAUGUAAAGAACCUGUGACUCAAAUCAAAGGCUAGAAUUCUUCUCUCCAUUUCAUUUUUUUUCUUCGUAACACCAUGCUGCCUUUCCUUCAUAUUAUCCCCUGACCAGUAGCCAAAUUAAAAAAAAUUCUUAAGGUAGUCAUCUACUUUUAUAUGAUACAAAGAUUUUUUUUUUCCUUUCAAGGAUCAUUGCCUUCUUUAUCUAGUCAAACUGUCAGUUUAUUGGAGAAAAGCAAAAGUGAAGGCUUUCUGCCUAAAAUGCAGUUUAUUAACUUAAAUUGUUCUCUCUGUGGUUCUGAUGUUCUCAUUGCCUUUGGGCAGACUUGGCCAACAAUGUGCUCCAAGUGUAGUGCUUGUGCUUAGUUAAACUUCUCAUUAAUUUCUCAAAGUCCCAGUUCUUCCAGACCUCUAUGGUUGUGGUAUUGAGAACCCUGAAAUAUUUUGCCCUUUACAAGUUGCUGCCAAUUUUUCGAGCUUCUCCCAGGAGUUGUUAGUCCAGUCUUAAAGAUAUCAGUACCUUUUACAAACUUCCUCUUAGUUUAUAAUACACAAUAAUAUUCAGAAUGAUGGAUUGCAUUUAACAUUGCCAAGCAUGCACUGGAAAAUAUGAAUUACACUACCAUGCGUUUUGUAUCUUCCCUUUCGAGUAAUGAUAUUAAAUGAAGGUAAGUUUUUUGCCCAUUUUUAUUUUUCCUUUUUAUGAAUCAUUUCAUCUCUUCCUGGUUUAUAGUGAUAUCUUCUUUCUAAAUACAUUAGACCCCUGAUUUUAACAGAUUUUAUGUGAGUACAUUUACAACCCCAGAAGUCCAAAAAUGUGAUUUUGGUAGAACCUAACAUCAAGAUGCUGUGAGGCUGCCAUGUGGGAAAAGUCACUUUUGAGUAUCCGAAGAAAGGGCGUGGUGUCUAUGCAGUAGAAUUUACCCAUUUCACAUGCAUUGCACUCCAGUGAGUGGUUUUGAAUCAAGCAUUUCCUGUCUUUUUUUAAGAAGUGACUGCUGUUGGGAUCAGAUACAUCAGGGGAGAUGGGGCUUUUCAUUUAGCUGUGACCUGUACCCUCAGCCCAGGCAAGAUUUGAACAGAGGGUGGGUGAGUGCAAAGACUCCAAGAGAAGAUAGAAUGUGUUUGGUAGGAACACGACUUGGUAGGCCCAGUCUAGAAUGAGAGUUGGCAUUCAAGAUUUAAGGACCUUGGCACAGAUGUGCUUAAUCAUAUUGAGGCCAGCAGUACACACUCCUUGGCCUUGAUAAAUGACUUACCAUUUUUUCAGCUGGCUUUACUAUAUUUUAUAGAGUAAACUAGAUCUUAUAGUGGUAUUAAGCAUUUGAGAUUUAAGAAGGUAUUAAGACAGAUAGCUCAGGAAUGUAAAAGGUCUAUUUUCUGUGAUUCAUAAAUACAUAGGAUUCCUUAGCUGAUCUUGGUGCUUCAACCAGAAGGUUCCAGUUUAGAUCUCUCUGUCCUGAAAGGUUCAAUUCCCUGUGGCUAAUUUUAAACUGGAUGUAUACUUUGAGCCUUAUUUAAUUCACAGAUAAGUUGACUUAAGUCAGCAUUUUUAUUUCAAUUAAUGAAAAUAGUCUUCUUUCAGCCCCAGGUUGCUUACAUUUUACUGGUCUCCCCCUAGUGACCAUUAGUGGAGACCAAUUAACGAAAGAAUAAAUUCACUUUCUUGAGACUGGUAUUCUACAGAGCCACACUUAACCACUUUUUGCAGUGAAGAAUCUACAGAAUGAUGAUACCCAAAUAUGGAUACCAAGAAGAAUUUGUAUCUACAAUGUGCUUUAUGUAUUUUUGACACUGCUGCAUUCUGUGUGAUCAAGUGACUUGUAACUGGUUCCAAUGUGACUGAGUGUUCUCAAAGAAUAGUAACUAAGUCAACUUAAUUUUCUUAAGUCUGGUAUUACUAUCAAUCUCAUUUACCACUUUGAUUCCAGUCUUUUAACUGUUAAUAACAGAGCAUACCAAGGGUUGGGAUGAGAGCCUACUUCCUACCUCUUCAGGCACUUUCCUCAUUAUUUUGCCAUAUAACCUUGAACUGCAUGAUAAGCUGUUUAAAUAUCCAUGACUUCUCCCAGCGUAACUAGCAAAGUAUAUGACAUUUUGAAUAGAGACUAGUGGAAAAGAAAUUUAGAGAUAGAAGUUCAGAGGUGCAAACCUUAAGAAAAUGUCUUUAGAGCACAUACCUUUUGAGUAAAGUAUAUGUAAAUGUAUAUGAAAAGAGAGUUGCUAUAAUAGUCCUCUCUAAGUAGAUUAGUUCAAUAUAAUGGAAGUGAGCAUCUUUACUCCUAUUAUCACUGUAGUACUGAUUGAACUGUAUACUGAGUCUUUCAAACAAGUAUUUAAAAUAGAACUUUUAAAUACAAAGCAAGGACAUAAGGAUAAAGAUUUUGGUUUGUGUGUCUAUAUGUGUAGUUUACCAUCUAAAGCUUUGUUUUUUAAUUUAAAAAAGCUUCAAGGUAUUGCCAUUCAUUAGCAUCCUUAGUGAUUAUGGGUGAUGAGUUUGUAAUUCCUAAAAUCAUAUACAUAUAUUAGUUUAUCUUAAUUUUUGCCCUAAACAAAAGGGAAGGUCUACAUCUAUGGGAUGUAAUUAUUUUGCCUUUUUCUCCAUGGGUGGGAAUGGGAUGGGUAUCUCUUCAACAGUUUUUAAAAAAGAAAAAUCACAAAUAUUUUUCUACUAUUAUAUAUGAUCUUACUUUAUACUAGUUUCUCUCUAGUAAAGGCAUGCCAGAAGCCCAAGUUUCCAUAUCACAAGUUCUUACAUACUGUACCCUUUAUUGGUGGUUAAAUCACAUCAGAUGCUUGGCACUGCUGCCAUAUAAUUAUGAAUUGCUUGUAAAGGAUCAAAUAUCACUGAAUACUUUAAAUUGUUUUACUUAAGAGUCUAAUCUGGGAAGUUUGCAAAUCGUACUAUUAAUGUGUAAUCUAAGCUCUUUCAGAUGUAUCCAUGAAUAAUCCUGGAACAAUAUUGCUUGUAUUCCUGUCAUAGAACAGGUUUUGUAAUCUUUAAAAGAAAUGAAAAUUUAUAUAAUAAAGUUUCAAAUAAAUUCA